AUGUCGCCUCGCGGCGAAAAGAGCAACCUCAAGCGGCCCCGAGUAAGUCUUUACGCUCGCGCCGCCCAGUUCUUCUCUUUUGGUUUCCGCAUCCGCAACGCUGACAACCUCCUCUUCGCAAAGGGCUCGCCGCCGGAUGAUCUGGCCGAGAGUAAGAAGCCUCGCCGUUCCAACCGUCUCUCUGAUGUUUCUCGUGAUGCGCCCAACGGCAAACUCCUCGACAAGACGCCCGUCUCUCGUGACAACCACCUGCCGUCUCCCCUCACUAAUGACGCGACAUACGGCUCGAGCGAUGCCAAGGAGCUCACACCAACGCCUACUGGCGCCAAGACCGUCGAGGAGACGACUCCGCGCAACUCCGACGAACCGCAGCUCAAGGGCCUCUCGUCGCCCCCCCAGGACACGCAGCCCGUCAGCCAGCUCGUCGACAGGCAUCUCGAUUUUGCCGAGGACGCCCAAGAUGAGACGGAUGAGGAUGUCUGGGGAUACCUUGUUCCGCUAGACGCAAAGUAUGGCGACAAGCCCAAGGUCCUCAAGAAGCGGUGCGCUUGUCCACCCGCCGACUCAAUCAAGUCGGCCGCAGAUGCCGAGAAGAAAGAUAACGUCGGUGACACUCCACCCGCGAUCCAUGAAGAGGAGGCUUAUGAGCGCACACAGAUCGGCGGUAUUGCGUCACGUGGAUACCUCAUCGGCCGUCACCCGGAGUGCGAUAUUAUCGUGAACGAGAGCGUCGUCUCGAAUCGUCACUGCUUAAUUUUCACCGAGAACAACGGCAAUGAUGCUGUUGCGAUCGUCGAGGACUUAUCCAGCAACGGAACAUUCGUCAACGAAGCCAUCGUUGGGCGCAAUCAACGGCGUGAGCUCGAAAACGGUGAUGAAAUUGCCGUUCAAGGGCGCGCUAGAUUUGUCUUUCGGUACCCAAAAAAUCGUCAUACUAGUGCCUUCCUGCAACAAUACACCCUACUUCAUAAGCUCGGAAAGGGUCACUUUGCCGAGGUCUACCUCUGUAUCGAAAAAUCGACAGGCAAGCGUUUCGCUGUCAAGAUCUUCACCAAGACAUCUGGUGUCGAGGAUAAGGCGAAAACGGAAGGCCUGCAGCAGGAAAUUGGCAUGCUCAUGGCCGUGAGUCAUCCCAACGUACUGUGUUUAAAGGAUACGUUCAGCGAACGCGACCGAGUUUAUCUCGUUCUGGAACUCGCUCCCGAGGGUGAGCUUUUCAACUACAUUGUCGCAAAAUCCAAACUCAGUGAGGACGAGACGAGAAAGUUGUUCAAGCAGCUAUUCCAUGGCAUCAAAUACCUUCACGAGCGCAACAUUGUGCAUCGUGACAUCAAACCUGAAAACAUUCUUUUGGUUGACAAGGAUCUUCAUGUCAAGCUGGCAGAUUUUGGGCUUGCCAAGAUCAUAGGCGAGGAAUCCUUCACCACAACCCUCUGCGGCACUCCUAGCUAUGUCGCGCCUGAAAUCCUUGCCGAGUCUAAACAACGCAAAUACACAAAGGCUGUCGACAUCUGGUCAUUAGGUGUUGUACUAUACAUUUGCCUUUGUGGCUUUCCCCCAUUCUCUGAUGAGCUCUACAACCGCCACGACUUCCCCUACAAACUUCCGGACCAGAUUAAGAGUGGCCGUUUCGACUACCCUUCGCCAUACUGGGACUGCGUCGGUGACCCAGCUUUGGACCUCAUUGAUUCCAUGCUGGUUGUCGACCCCGCGAAGAGAUUUACAGUUGACCAGUGCUUAACCCACCCGUGGCUCACACAACAGCCGAUGAACGUUAACGAUAGCACCGGUGGCCUUGUCGGCGGCAUUGCUGGCCUUGAGGUCAACCGCCGGACUGCGAAGCGAGAGCGCACCUUGCUGUGCCACUACAACCAGGUGCUUGUGCCAGAACACGUCACAGCUGGCAAUGCUAAAACUCCAGUAAAGGUCUUUGUCAAUCCCAAGGAUCGUAUUAUCAACAUACCCCGCGAGCAAGCACCAUCGGGACAGCGAGCUCCCGCUGAGUUCAUGGAAUUGGGCGGCAAGGGCGACCAAGUCCUUUACUCGGACGAUGCUAAGGGCAAAGGCAAAUAA